GUUUGAAUCUCAUAGGUUUCAAUCAUUCGGCGAUAGUUUUUUGUCUUUAAGUAGUUCGUGAAACAAAUGCAGAUUUCAGGUACACUAACAUGCAGCUGAUAGUGCACCCACAUUGUGAAUCAUGUCAAUCAAAUUCAAUUAGAAGCCAGUCCGUGAAUGAAAGCAAGACAGUGGUAUGUAAUUGGCUCAGGACGAGGCGGUUGGGUGAGAAAUAGCAUCUAGUAGUUCAUGGAAGUCGCUGCUUUGUGGUAUUUCUGCUAGUUUGAACCACGGACGGGCGGUUGGCGCCACGCGGAAAGCGUGGAACAUAAAGACGGCGUUGUUUCUUUGUGCAGCAGAAUCAGGCGAUCGCCACCCCGCGACUCAGUGUACUGCUGCCUCAAUAGCGAAUCUGAGGCAUUGUCGUGGGAAUCGAGCGGCAGAUGCAGAUCUACUAGGUAGCGCUCCUGGCCACGGACCGACUUUGCGCUGUGAGACUAAGCUGAUUGCGAGGGAUUGCUGGCGACAGAAAACGCUCAUUUUUUGGUCGUAACGCACUCGGCGAAAAGUGGGCGAAAAAUCUCGAGGCCAACUCCAAUUUUUCUGCAACUAGGCAUCUUCCUGUCAGUUUUUUCCGAAUACCAAAACGACAUUCCGAGUGCGCUGACUUGCAGUGAAACAACGACGGAACAAGCGUCUCAGCCGUCUACAAGAGAUAAGACGACACCAGGUGUUGCACCACAGUGCUAUAACUACCUAAUACUCUCACUCAGUAGUUGCAGUAGCUUAAUAAUACUCACUACAGCUUCUUCUUCUUGUAGUCUGGUAUCGUCCCAAGUCGACCGCCUAUUAUUUUCGCAAGGGAGGCAACAUCAAGAUGCCUGCUGCAGGAGGAGAAAACGAGGAUGUCAAGAACUCGCUGGACGCCGUCAUGUCGGCGACCGGUGGCCUUGACGACCCAGGUCUCACUGCUGCACUCUCAGGAAACUUGAAGGAGACACCGAGAACAAAGGAAGCCUUAAAACGAUGUGGAAUACUGCUUCCCGAGCUCAAAAUCAAAUCCUUUCAGGACUUUCAUAGGCCAACGGUAUUAAGGAACUGUUUUUCUAUACGUCAGUAGACCUUGGCUGUUAAUAAUACUUUACUUGAGAAUCUUAUUGUUCGAUAUAAAGUUGCUUUUGUUACCAGUUUGUUUUCUUGCUGAUAUUGAUGUAGCUUUGCUGGAGACCACCCGUUUUUUCGAUUUUUUCCCAGGACACGGUGGAGAAGCAGCGAUUACGAUAUAACCACUAUGAGACGAGGAGGCAAGCGAAGCUUAGUCUUGUGCUGCAGGAGCGAGCGAAGGUGUUAAUAGUUCUGCAUUUAAUUUAGGGCUGAUGAUGUAGUAUUGUUUUAGCUGUGAUGCUGCUUAUCUUGUUGACCUUGACAUCAAUUGAAAAAUCCAUCCAUAGUGUUGACCUGUUGACAUCAAGCACUCACAGGAUUAUCCAUUUAUCGUACUCCUAAUACUAUCAUCUUCAGGUAUUCGUGGAGAUGACUAAAAAGCAGCAGCAGGGCAAUGCGAACGCAAAAAGUUAUCAGAGCAUGCAUAUGCUUGAACAACUUCUAGAUGCAGAGGCAGGCCGGUUAGAGGGAGAGCUGAAGCAGCAACUUAGGUAAAAAGGUCUAGCGUUUUUCAUCCAGGAACCUGUCGUUUCCACUUAUACCUGCGUCACACAUUUUACUUUUACAGUGACAGUUCUUUGGAUCACCCUGACCGCAUUGUUGAUGAAAAAAUUGUAGAUUUAUGUUGGUAUCCUGUUCUUCUUUUUGUCCGACAAGAAAAUGGAGGAUUCCAUUUCCAACCUCAAAAAAAGUUAAUACUUACAUCAUAUAUGAUAGGUAUCACACCGUAGUGGAGAACGAGAACAAAGAGCAGCUCGAGAAGGAGGCGAUGAUGCGGGAUAAACAGAAAAAACGGGAGGAAAAGUCAUACCUAGUGAAAGAGGAAAAGGCCAUUAGGGUAAAGCAGAACUCGGUGGCGAAUGACGCGAAGAGAGCCCAUUCCCAGAAAAUCUUGAAAGAUAUCAAGGUACCACUUAUUUGGAUAUCAAGGUAUCACUGAACGGAGAACACUUAGUCUUAUUACUUUUUUGCGAAGGCACUACUUUUUUGCUGAACGAAGAACACUUAAUCUUCUUACUAGAAGCGAAGGAGUAGUAUGUUAAUCACUAUGAACAACUAUUUAGUAGUCUAAGUAAUCACUAUGAUGAACUUCUUUUAAUAGAAGCGAAGUCGCGUGUGAAUGUUAAUAGAAGUGAAUAAAUCGGAACAUACUUAGCUAGACUCGCUGCAGCGGAUGAAAUAAUCUUUGAAACGAUUAUCAGAGUAACCACGAAUCGAAGUGUGCGAAUUUUCUUGGGCACGUUUUGGAGACGGAAGUUCGCAUUAGGGAAUUCCGGAAUAGUCAGAGUGGCCGGAACUUCGAAAAAAGCGAAGCUUGGAAAGCGAAAGUCGCAGGGAUCCACAAGAACUUUCGUGCGAUACAAGAGGAACGCAUUUAUGAAGUGUUACUUAUAGAACCUAGGUAAUUACUUAGUGAUUGGAGAUUGCUUACGAGGAGUGUGCCUACUAGGAGUGUGCCUACUAGGAGAUUGCUUACUAGGAUUGCCUACUAGGAGAUUGCUUACUAGGAUUGCGUGCUCGGAGAUUGCUUACUGAAAAGGAACAUGCCUACCCCGUGCUUCGUUUUGCACGUUUUUUAUAGUACCCUUUCCCUUGGCAUUUUGCAUCGUCUCUACUUUCUGCUCUAAGCGCCGAUCCAUGGCAUCAAACAGCUGCGCAAGAAGGAGAGCAAGUUUGCCAUGAACGACGAGAAAAAGAAAGAAGAGCGUAGGAAUCUCGAGAUCCGGAAUGCGGAGAAGCACUUGCGCGUCAUAGACGUCCUAGACAAAAAGCAUCGCAUUGACCGACAAGUUGAUGCUAGGAACGAUCAGGUGAGCAUUUUGAACCCUUAGUUACAUGCAGACUAGUCCCGCGUACUUGCAUGACCAAGAACGAACAACGGAGCAAGUGAGCAAGAACUCAUAGAAGUAGUAAAGACAAAGAGGAAGACGAGGACGAAGGAAGAGCUUUUUGAUUUUCCUCCUGUAGGAUGGUAGGUGCGGCGAUAGGGUCGCGCGCGAUCAUAAUAAUGAUAAUAACAUUAAUUAUAGGAUGAGUUGUUAAAAAAUGAAUCCCAUUCCCAAUCUUUUCCAUCCUGAAAUUGGAUAAUUUUUGGAUAAGCUCGAGUGUAACUAGGAAUUACAAAUAUAAUUCUUCUUCCGAUUGUUCACAUCAGAUGCGAGAGGAGGCUUUGCAUGCACACACGCGUAUUACGACUCUGAUGAACUUGAAGGAUCAGAUAGUGAAACAGCGGAAAGCCAGGAUAUUUCAGCAAAGUGCUCUCAAGGGUAGGGCUCUCAACAUCAAGAACAUUCCGACCGGACCAGGACAGUACUUCGUGUUUUGAUAAAUUUCAAAGCAAUCAUUCUUCGUCAGUACCAUUUUUUCAUGACUGUCAUACAAAUCCUCAUUGUACCAAGAGUUGAGGAGGAUAGAAAGACUUUUCCUUGCGACUUUGCCUCUCUAUAUUUCCACUUUCUUUCCCCACGACUUUCUCUCUCUCUCUCUUUAUCGUCCUCCCUUACGUCCAGGUACGACAUCGAUCGAGAUCAGGUACUUCGUGAAGCACCAGUACCUAGAAUGCCAUUGCCACCGAAGCAAGAGGAAAGUGCGCUUCUUUCAGAUCAGAUACCACCUCCUGGCACAUAUGACGUGCACCUUCUACCAAACGGACAAAGAGUCGACACUAGUGUGCCGAGGUAAUAUGCACUACAGGAUAGUGAGAGUAAUACUGAUGCAGUACAGCAUAGUUCUUAAUAGAGAUUUACCUUAAAAGCUGCAGCUUCUUUUUGAAUAAAUUAACGACAAAGAGGGACAUCAAUAUACUGACACAUCUGCAACCUUCACAUCAGGAACGUCAUCUUCACGAAGGGAGCAGUACCGAACUUCAUCGAGGAGAACGUUCGGACAUUCAGAGACAACCCAGGGCCAGGCACAUAUAAGGCGUCGGCGCCAGGUAUUUUUCUUGUCAGGACUUGAAGAGUUCUCUCAAUAUCAUGUACUUAGCAAUGAUCCUACUAAUUGAAUCUGUUUUCAGUGCUCCGGUGUCACAAAGUGUGAUUUGUACUAUGAAAGAACCAUCCUAGUCUCAUUCUUCCACAAGAAGAAAAACAGGUAGCAACAGAUUUUUCUAACUAUGGCUUUUCAUGAUCUUAAACAUUCACAUUGUAAGUGCAGGCGGAAGUUGAAUCCAUCUUCAUUUCUCAUUCAAAUCAGGUAUCAACCUUGCGGCAGCGACAGCCGUGAUUCGGCCAGACAUGGUCAGAGCCGAAAAUAAAGAGGGCACUGUAUCAGCACCAGCUUGGGCCGAAGACUUUGCUAAGACGCCGGGACCUGCGGCUUAUCUCACCGAUAAGUUUUUGCGUGAUGAAGUUAAGGGUCGUUUCCGAAUUGCAUUCCUCACUACCAUCCCUGACUCUUUAGCUACACUUUCCAUCAUAUCAGGAUUCGUAUGUUUUAGAAGACCUAAUGUUGAUACUCGAAAUAAAAGAUUAUGUUUUAGACCUAAUGAUACUCGAAAAGAGGCCAGGGAUGUUUUGAAGAAUGUAAAAAUUCCGUCUAAUGAAAAAGCGGCGAAAAAGAUGGAGAGGAUACCGAAUCUAGGGAAAGCCAUUGCGCUUAGAUAAUUUAGUUGAAGAACUAAAACUAUAGUAUAUAACCAUAGAGCUGAGCACUCCAGGGCGGAGGAGCCGGGAGUAGUUAGCGGUGGAUCUUCGCAUAUUUUGCGCCAGUGUUGGAAUAGGAUGGACUUACUGGUGGAGGCGGUGCGUGGUAGAGGCAUUACAUACGCCGAAAGGGCAAUUGACGUGUGGAGGUGGAAGCAUAUUUAUAACCUAUCAUCGACCAUCCGGCGGUUCUCCCACUGUUAUAUUUUGUUCAUCAAUUUACUUCCUCCAUCUGGUGGUCAUGCAACCAGAAUCAGGUAACAGAACAGCCAUUUAUUUAAUCCGAUAAUUCAGACCCAGCAUCAUGUUUCUAUUACAAUCUUGAAUUUACGAUUCAGAUAGCUUCAUGUCAGACGCUGAACUUGUAAUGAACCUUUUCUUCAAAUCAUACCUUGCCUAGUACGGGAAUUAUGAAUGUUCAGAAUUUUUGCCAUGUCCAUGGAUAAUCGUUAGGACAAUCAAUAGAUCGUCUCAGAAAUAUGAGGGCGUCACUUGUGCCAAUCAAUGUCUACUUCAAGAAUUUUCUUUCACAUUUAUAUGGAUAAAGGAAGUGGAAGUACGCCUCUCUUUUGUAAAAUUCUUGUUGUAUUUCGUCUGCAUGAUUGAUGUGCCUCUGCUUUCUAAGGAAGAGAAUUACGACGUGUUAGGGUGCUCAUUCGUAAAUGAUGGUGAAAAUAUUUACGAUGCCUUUCCAUCUAUUCCUAUUGCUAUUUAAUUCCUGUUGCAUUCAAUGAACCUUGUCUCUUAAGAAUCUUAUUCUUAUUUGAAUUGCUUGUGUUGCUGAGUUGGGGAGACUCAGCGUUGCAAAAAGCGCCCUCGCUACAGCCCUUAAAUGUACAGACGCGAGGUUUUGGAUAUUAAUCCGAAUAAGCUGUUGACAACAUCAACUAGAACGCGUGAUGGCUGUGUGUUUCUUAAGUUUUGUGUAUAUACUACGAGCACAGCGAUCAUAAAGCAGGAUCGUCAAGGAGUCCUGGUGGUCCCUUGCAAAGAAAAAAAUGUAGAGAAUCAAUUGAAGGAGAUCUUUGUUAU